AGUUGAGUGCAACGGACCCACAGGCGCCAUGGAGACUGCCUCGUCUCUGGUGAAUCCCGCGGGGGAGGUGAUCGAGGACACGUACGGGGCCGGGGGCAGCGAGGCCUGCGAGAUCCCGGUGGAGGUGAAGCCCAAGGCCCGUCUGCUGCGCAACUCGUUCCGCAGAGGCGCGGGCGCGGCGGGGGUCGGACCCGGGUUGCUGCCCCGCGCGGCAGGUGGGGGCGGGCUGCUGGGCGCCAGCUUCAAGUCCACCGGCUCGUCGGUGGCAGAGCUGGAGUACGCGGCGGCCGAGUUCGAGCGGCUCAAAAAGGAGUACAAGAUCUUCCGAGUCAGCAAGAACCAGGAGUUGUUCAUGGGCCGCCGGGAGGCCAAGCUGGACACCGAGAACAAGCGGCUGCGGGCGGAGCUGCAGGCACUUCAAAAAACCUAUCAGAAGAUACUUCGGGAAAAAGAAGGUGCUUUAGAAGCAAAAUACCAAGCUAUGGAGAGAGCAGCCACAUUUGAACAUGACAGAGAUAGAGUUAAAAGGCAAUUCAAGAUUUUUAGGGAGACCAAAGAAAAUGAAAUUCAGGACUUAGGGCGAAGCGAGAGCUGGAGAGCAAACUUCAGAGGCUACAGGCUCAGGGGAUCCAAGUGUUUGACCUUGGGGAGUCUGAUUCAGAUUAGCACAACUUUUUGA